AGAGGGGAAAGCAAACAAUUUUCAGGCCCGCGGAGUCCAGCAAAAAAUAUGAGAAAAAAAUUAUUAAAAAUUCGGAAAAUAGUUGAAACUCAAGAAAAACACCGUAGAAAGGAUGUUAACGCGUCUGCGACCGUUGGCUCCUCGCGGUGUUGAGAGUUUCAGGUCCCUCAAGCUCUCGGCAUCGGGGCACAGCAGCGUCGUCGUCUACGACCGCUUGGCCGGCCUGCCCUGAGAGUUGCCAUGGCCACAGUCACCCCUGGCGACUGCCCUCACGCCACGGACCGAGCGAGCAGGGUGAGGAAGAGGAGGGUGGAGGGCAAGGUGAGGAAGAACUUUCCAUGCCAGCUGUGCGAGAAGGCCUUCAACAGCGUGGAGAAGCUCAAGGUCCACUCGUACUCGCAUACCGGUGAGAGGCCGUACGGCUGUACUCAACCCGACUGCACCAAGGCCUUUGUCUCCAAGUACAAACUCUUACGGCACAUGGCCACACACUCACCAGAGAAGACCCACAAGUGCACUUACUGUGAGAAGAUGUUUCACCGCAAAGACCACCUGAAGAACCACCUACAUACGCACGACCCCAACAAAGAGGCCUUCACGUGCGACGCGUGCGGCAAGAGCUACAACACCAAGCUGGGCUUCAAGAGACACCUGGCGCUGCAUGCGGCCCACAGCGGCGAUCUGACCUGUCAGGUAUGCCUCCAGCCGUACCCCAGUACGCCCCUGCUGCUAGAGCACCUGCGCGGCCACGCUGGCAAGAGCUCGUCCGCCGCCAAGGAGAAGCGGCACCAGUGCGAGCACUGCGAGCGGCGCUUCUACACGCGCAAGGAUGUGCGUCGCCACAUGGUGGUGCACACGGGCCGCAAGGACUUCCUGUGCCAGUACUGCGCCCAGCGCUUUGGCCGCAAGGACCACCUGACGCGACACGUGAAGAAGAGCCACGCCCCUGAGCUGCUAUUGGCCGUCAAGGCCGAGCCGGUGGAGCUGGAGCCAAUCGCUUGCCAGCUCCCUACGGCUAUUGCCUCCGCCGCCACCGGUGUCCCAUGUGAGAUGGGCACUGGCGGGGGCGUCGUGAAGGAUGAGCUAUCAGUGCUGGGUGGUGGUGGUGGUGGUGUCAGUGGCAUGUUUGGUCCCUCACCUCCAUUAACGCUGCACUACCCUUCACUGAGCUCCUCCAUGUCCUAUUCGCCCCCUCCACCCCUGAGGGCGGAGCUAGAGAACUACCUGCUGGAGCUGCAGGGUCACUUACCCCCGGAGCACGGGCACGCGGACGACUCGCCCUUACUUCCUAAGAUCAGCGGCGCUGCGGCCAUGGCGGCCGGCAGCAGCGAGGCCCUCGGCUCUUCCUCGUCUCUGGAGUUCUCGCAGCUCUUGAACUUCCUGCCUCUCAACGGCCCCUGCUACAGCCAGGGGGUGUUGGGGUCGUCACUCGGGCUCUCCUACCCAGCCGAGGAGGGGCUGUCACUGGGCACGCCUCCACCCCCCUCUGCCUCUUCCCAGGAUCCCAGCAGAGAGCCCGUCAGUCCCCUACAAACUCUCUCCUCUUCCUCCACCUACGCUACCCCUGCUAGUCUAAGCAGCACCCAUGCCCACACACACACACACUCAGCUAGCCUGAGCACAACCACCACCCUGCCUCGCUUCCAUCAAGCUUUUCAGUAACACAAAAUUACUGUGCGUUCACACCAAGAGUUUAUAAAGCAACAUUGCCAAUUGCAAUGAUGAUUGAAGAUUGUCAACCAGCACACUGCCCAACAUUACUUUUCGGUACAGUACGUUAGGAAAUCCUCUUAGUGCCCCAUUUCCAAUCAGUUACAUUUUCAGCAAAAUAAACAGUCAACCAGUUGUUUUAAGUUCCCAACCUCCACAAUAUAAUUACCAUCCACUCUGUCAGGAAAAUUGUGACUCACUUCCAAUUGCGAAAAAAGCCUCAAUGUGAUUAAGGCAGGAAUAUGCUUGCUGUGUGACCUUAUGUACAUGCGCACAACCAUGUGAGAAGCGAACGCACUCGCUGCAUACUCGCAUACUUUCUGUAGAACUAUUGGAGCACUAUGUACGAUAGUGGGGGUAUCUUCUAAGGAGCAGAUAGCCUGUGGCGCUCUCCUUUCUCAACGCCACAUCACGCGUUGUAUUUUUCAGAAAAAAAAGUCUCCUAGUGAUUGUGUCGAUAUUGCUUGUUGCGCAUGCAUCUGUACACCUUACGCAGAAGUGUGCUACUGUGUGCAAAACUGAAAUAAAAUAGUCAAGGCAACACAUGUGUGCACCAAAUGUGCACAUGCACAUGUACCCUGCAGCAAGCAUAUUCCAGCCAUUAGAAUAAAAAAGAAGGUACGAGUGUCCACAUUUUGGGCAACUUAUUCGGCCUAAAAGUUGAGGACUAUAAACAUUAUGCAAGUUACCCAUAAACACAAACAAAUUACAACAAUGUUUUUUGGGAAUCGACUAGUCACCUCACAGCUUUUGUUGCUUUUUGUGUGAACGUACCAUUCAAUUUAGACACACACACACACACACACACACCCAUCAUACACCCAUCAUAUACACAUCCUCACUCCAACAGUUACGUUCAGCUAUAAACAUUACCAGUCAAAGGACAAUCCUGAUGCCAGUAACACAUGACGUGUCUUUACCGAUAAACCAUAUAUAGAGAUUUUUAUUUUGUGCUUUACCAGAUAUUAUCUACAAAAAGGCCUUUCACAGACACAUCCAUUACAAAACUUGUAUCACACAUUCUCCCAUAUCAGCUUAUGCCUUGCACACACAAUGCCUCAAAUGUAAGUGUUUCAUCCUUUAUUUUUCCUUUGACGAUCUCUAAGAUAGUGUAGCCAAGCGCUGGCUAACUCACUGCCAGAGAAGGGAGGAUAGGGGAUUAAAGUGUGGUUGCAGUGGAGUGUCUCUGAUAGCAUUGACGUAGAUUCUAGUUGUUUUUUUUAAAGGAACAUUGUGUGACAUGGCCUCAUCUUCCAACUUUCUUCAAAAGUUGAGUUUUAUUUUUUAUUUUUUUCAAUCCAUUCAGACAAUGUGUGGACCUGGCAAUGGCAUAGUACUUUGGCUAUUAUUUAGACAUAAAUUAACGAAUCAGACCAUACCAGCAGUGGUGAUUAAUCUGAUUGAAUGAUUCAUGCUCAGCUAAUAGUUGCAAGGCUACUGUCCGUUUUGGAGAUCCUACUGCCAGAUCCAGAGAUGAGCUAAAUGAAUUUGAAAAAAAAAAAAAAAAACCCAGCUAAAACCCAACUGUUUCACUUGAAGGGAGUUGGAAAAUUAGACCAUUUGCCAAGAAGUGGAGUGUUCCUCUAAGUGAUGUUUCCAUUUAGCACUUUUAACUUUUAUAGUGAUGAGAGUUCCAUCACGGCUAACCAAUUUAAUUUCUUUUGGUUUGUUGUCUUUUACAUUUUUUUUCUUCUUUUCUUUGUAUGUAUGUGAGUGAGUUACACUCAUGCGUUGCUGCUUGGUGCUGAAAGCCGAGCAUUUCUGGUUGACCGUUUCUGUUUUCUACAAAGCCAAAGCUGACCAAACCCAGAGCCACAGAGGACCUGCUUACCCAACAUCUACCUUCUCCUUUCCUUUCCUCUCGUCUUAUUUUCUCUCUCCUCCUCUCCACCCCUACCCCCUUCUCAACCCUCCACUUCUCUCCCUCUCUUUUUUCUUCCACCCCAUCUUCUCCUCUCUCGUUCUUCCACUCCUUCUACUCCUGUUGACCUCUUGGCCACAUCUCUUAAUGCUGCUGUUCAUAGAAAAGAACAUUGUUCUAGUUCCAUUUACAAUGAAGAAAGGGAAAAUAGGACACACACACACACAAUCACACAACUGAACCUGUAAUUAUUUGUUUAACCAGUAAUCAAAUAUUUUGCACAGGUAUUUUCAGUAGACAGAGACACAUACACGCACACAUGCACAAAGGGAAUAAUUCGUUGAAGAAAGUCAAACCUACAGUUCUAAAUGCUGUUGCACUGACAUGGGAUUUUGUUGAACAUUGAAACAACAUAUCAGUGUCUUUUGGACUGAUAGCCACGGUUUGAUUGGCUCAGGCCUGACAGACAUGGUUCUGAUAGGUUAAGACCUAACAAUCCCAGUUCUGAUUGGCUCAGGCCUGACAGUUAUGCUCCACCUGAUAAGUGAAUACCCAGCAAACCCAGUUCUGAUUGGCUGGGAUCAGUGACAGUCCUGGUUCUUUCUUCUUCUCCACUUCAUAACAGCAACAGUUCUAUUGCAAAUAGCACUUCCAGUACAUUUUAGCUGAGAACAGAACACCUCCUUUGGAGGCGCUGUCUGUGGAUGUUUUAGUG